AUGUCGUGGGCUGGCUUUAAGAAAAAUGUCAAUCGGGCGACGACGCAGGUUAUGAUGAAGACGGGACAUGUGGAGAAGACGAGUGAUCGAGAUUAUGAAAUUGAAGAGAGACGCUAUCGAACUAUGGAAUCUGCGGUAAAUCGGUUACAAAAGGAGGCGAAGGGCUAUUUGGAUUCGUUGAGAGCCAUGACGGCGUCGCAAAUGCGCAUUGCUGAAACGAUAGAUGCGUUUUACGGCGAUGCUGGCGCGAAGGAUGGUGUGAGCAGCAGCUACAAGCAAGCCGUUGAGGACCUUGACGCCGAAACGAUCAAAGCGCUUGAUGGACCAUACAGAACCACUGUCCUGGAACCCAUAUCCCGCUUCUGCGCAUACUUUCCAGAUAUCAACGAGUGCAUCAAGAAGCGCAACCACAAACUCCUCGACUACGACGCCAUGCGCGCCAAGGUCAAGAAGCUCGUCGAGAAGCCGGACAAGGACGUCACCAAGCUGCCUCGUGCUGAAAAGGAGGCUGAGAUGGCUAAGCAGGCGUACGAACAGCUCAACGACCAGCUGUUCAAUGAGCUGCCGCAGCUCAUCGACUUGCGUGUGCCGUACCUGGACCCGUCGUUCGAGGCGCUUGUCAAGAUCCAGCUAAGGUUCUGCGCGGAGGCGUACUCGCGUAUGGCGCAGGUGCAACAGUAUCUGGAUUCGGAUACGAGGGAGCAAUAUGCGCAGGGUCACUUGGAUGAUCGGGUUGAACAGGUGUUACAGGAGAUUAGGGAUUUGAGUAUUGCUGGGACGGUUUGAAGUUUGUUGCGCCUUUUUUUUUUUUUUUCCACCGCUUUCCCUGUUUUCUAUUUUCCUUAUAAUUAUUGAUUGAUAUUAUUGUUCCGUGGUGUUUCGAGGAUUUCUCCUUGCUUUUCUCUCUCUCUUUUGUUCCUGUGAUUUGUUUUUUCUUCUUUUCCCUUCCUCCUUUCCUCUCAUGCCAUUUUCCUUAACAAUGUCCAAAUCUGAUCUUUUCUUAUAUGAUAGAAUGAUAUGAAACGAAUGAUGGGAGAGCGAAUAGCUUACUGAUAGACCAGAAAACAAAAGGGAAAUCCGAUGUGAUACUUUAUCUUCUC